AUGUCCCCUCUCCUAUUUGCUCUCUGUAUGGACUAUUUAGCAAGGGUGAUUGAUUACAUUGGUGAACAAGAAGGUUUUAAAUACCAUGCUAGAUGUAAAGAGUUGAAGCUAGCUCAUCUCUGCUUUGCUGAUGAUUUGCUCCUGUUUUGCAAUGGAGAUUUUAGAUCCAUAUACACCUUAUUGCAGGGGGUUCAAAUGUUUUCUAAUGUGUCUGGGUUGGAGGUUAAUAGGAGUAAAUCUGAAGUGUACUAUGCAGGGAUGAGUGAUGAAGAAAUUCAAAGAGUUAAAGAUGUGAGUGGUUUUCAAACUGGGAAGCUACCAUUCAAAUACUUGGGAGUUCCUAUCUCCUCUAAUAAGCUGAAAGCUAGUGAUUGUCAAUCUUUGGUUGACAAGAUGAUAAUGAGAAUUAAAACCUGGAGCACUAGGAACUUGUCAUUUGCUGCUAGAUGCCAAUUGAGUGGUACUCAUAAUGAUGCUAAACCUGGAGCUGUUAAGUGGGAGUCUCUCUGCAAAUCUAAAGCUGCUGGAGGUCUUGGUCUCAGAAGUACUAUGAACUGGAAUAUAGCAGCAGUAGGGAAGCUUGCUUGGUGCAUUGCUCAAAAGCAAGAUAACAUGUGGGUGAAGUGGGUUAAUGAGAUGUAUAUCAAGGAACAACAGUGGAGUACUUAUGUUGCUCCUGAUAACUCAAGCUGGGCAUGGAAGUAUAUUUUUCAGGCAAAAGAAGAAAUGAAGGUGAAGCUUAGAGGGGAUCAAUGGUUGCAAGACAUCAGGUAUAGCAUUAAGAAACAGUAUACAACACUGAAUGGAAGUGAUACAAGAGUCCAAUGGAGCUCUUAUGUGUGGAAUAGAUACUCUCAACCUAAGCAUCGAUUUAUCCUAUGGCUGAGUGUGCAAAACAGGCUGAAAACCAAAGACAGGUUGAAAAAAAUUAGUGUGUGUGCUGAUGAUGUGUGUCCUAUAUGUGGACAACAUGGUGAAACUGUUAAGCACUUAUUCUUCAAAUGUUACUACAGUAGUCAGUGCAUUGAGCAGGUGCUAAGAUGGUUGGGUAUGCAUUGGAAUGCCAUAAAUGUGUUUCAGCUAUGUAGAUGGAUCAAAGGGAGAUACACAGGGUCCAGUUUUCAGAAAAAGGUGGGACUAGCUGCUAUGGCUGCUACAGUUUACACCAUCUGGGGAGUGCGUAAUUCUGCGCAUUGGGAAGGCCUUGUGGUGACUAGCAGUAAGACUGUACAGGAGAUAAAGUAUUGUGUGAAAGAGAGAAUUGUUAUCUUUAUCUCCAAUUCCUUAGAAGUUUUAUUGCAAACAUGA